GCCCUUUGUUGGUCGUAAAAGAGCCUACAGAGGACCACUUGUCUUUUCUUUCUCUUCGCCUCAGUUGGGAGUCGGUCGGGUCGCGUGAUUGCGUGCGAGUCGUUAACUGGCCAGCCCUCGCGUCUAAGUCAUUAGCGCGCGUCUAUCAUACCCCCUCUCGUGUGCGUCCGUUUUCGAGGCCUCAGCGUCUAUACGAACAAGUGCGGCUAAGAUCGUUCCCACGCUCGUUCAAUUUUCCGUCUCACCGGCUAAGCCAGCGUCAUCAGGACAGCGCAAUUCCGUUCGAGUGGUCAGCGUAACAAGCAAUUAUCGUAGGCGUGCCAGCGACCCUCUUAUCAGGCAAUUACGCAAUUAUCUCAAGAGGCGGCGUUCCCUCAAUUAUAACAGCGGCGACGACUAAGGCAAUCUACGCAAUCUAUAACAGUGGCGACAGAGUUGACGAACCAUGACUGACGAAUAUGCCGAUUUAAAAUUGAUGCUGCAGCAACAGCUUAAAUUGAUGUCCGUGCUAACCGAAAAGCUUUCCAGUUCUUCCCUUCAUGCAGGUCCGAGCGCCAAUUCUCAGUCAGUGGACCAGGUGGUUAGCGGCAUCAGCGAAUUUCUGUACGACGCCAAGGCCGGGGUAACGUUCGAAUCCUGGUACAAGCGGUACGAGGACCUGUUCACCGUUGACUUGGCUCGCCAGGACGACGCGUGGAAGGUCCGCCUGCUUCUGCGCAAACUUGGUACCCUCGAACACCAGCGUUACACCAAUUUCAUCUUGCCGAGGAACCCACGGGACGUUACCUUUGACGACACGGUCCGAACGUUGUCACAGAUUUUUGGCGAGCAGUCCUCUCUGUUCAAUGCUCGUUACCAAUGUCUGCAGCUGGUCAAACGUGAUGCCGACGACUUCAUCACGUACGCGGGCAUGGUCAACCGUGAAUGCCAGCGUUUUCAACUUGGCUCGCUCACCGAGGACCAAUUCAAAUGCCUGAUCUUCGUCUCUGGCCUCCAAUCUCCACACGAUGCCGAUAUCCGGACGCGCCUCCUGUCCAAGCUACAACAGGAUGGAUCAGUCACACUCCAGAACCUGGCCGAGGAGUGUCAAACGCUGCUCAACCUGAAGCACGAUUCUGCCAUGAUCCAGAACGCCGCCGCACCUGGUAUGGUCCAGGCAGUCACAGCACCGAGGGCGCAAUCGUCCGCGCGCCCCACCCAAUCCGACCGAGCGAAGUCCCCACCCUACGCAUGCCGAUUCUGUGGUGCCUGGCAUUUCCACCGCGACUGCAAGUUCCGCCAGCAUCGUUGUCAACGUUGUGGCAGGGUGGGGCACCGGGAUGGUUACUGCCAUCCUCCAUCUCCCAAGGGGGCCAAAACUGGGCUGGCCCCCACCCGCGAUCCAAAGAAGAGGUCCCGACCCAGACGCACACCCAAACCUGGUCCGGUUGGCAGCUCCCUGAGCCUGCUGGCCACGUUCCAAAUCAACGCUGCGGAUCGGAGAAAGUUCGUCGACGUCUUGAUCAAUGGUCAGUCGGUCCGAUUGCAGUUGGACACUGCGUCGGACAUCACAAUCAUCUCCGAGGAUCUCUGGCGAUCCCUUGGCAAGCCACCUUUCGAACCGACCUCCCAAUCUGCCACCAGCGCCUGUGGUGGCCGCGUGCAGCUAACUGGGCAGCUGCACUGCUCCGUCUCCUUCCGGGGCGCCACGUUCAACGCGACCUGCUACAUCACGAAGGCGAAGCUCAACGUACUUGGUCUCGACUGGCUCGAAACCCUUGGCUUGGCCGAUCUUCCUCUUCAGGCCAUCUGCAACGUGGUACAUUCCCCGACAGUACCAAACGACCGAACCGACGACAAAGCCAGUCAAUCCGCCCCCGUGUUCCAGGAUUGUCAACAAGCCUCAAAGAUGCCACCACACCAAUCACCAGUUCCUUGGCAUCCGCCAGCAAAACCGUGGUCUCGAGUGCACAUCGAUUACGCUGGUCCCAUCGAUGGCAUUUCCUAUCUGGUCAUGGUCGACGCCUAUUCCAAAUGGCCGGAAGUGGUCGCCGUCAACCCACCAACCGCAUCCGCCACUCUGGCUUGUCUCCAACGAAUCUUCAGUCAACAUGGACUUCCCGAGGUCUUGGUGUCCGACAAUGGUACCCAGUUUACGUCUUCCGUCUUCGAGGACUUUUGCCGCCGACACUGCAUCCAACACCUCCGCUCACCGCCUUACCAUCCCCAAUCCAGUGCUCAAGCGGAGCGAUUUGUCGACACAUUCAGGAGGGCGCUUUUGAAAUCUCGCGGGGAGGGGACCGUAGAUGAGUGUCUUCAGGCCUUCCUGCUCUCGUACCGGUCCACACCGAAUCCAGCUACGCCAGGAGGCCAGUCACCAGCUGAAGCAUUGAUGGGCCGCAAGCUACGCACAACCAACGAAGCGCUCAUUCCGACUGAGAAGCCACCUACACAAUCUGGUGCCUACAGCAAGCCUAAAGAAUUCGUCGUUGGAGCCCCAGUCUACGCUCGCGAUUAUCGAGCCGGUCAUCCUCGCUGGAUCAAAGCAACAGUGACGGCCAGGCGAGGUGACAUGCUGCAUAAUGUCUCCGUUGGUAAUGACAUCUGGGUCCGCCAUCGCAAUCAACUUCGUCCGCGCCACGGAGAAACCUCCAUGCCAGCCAGCUAUCCCGUGCGCCUGCCGCUGCACAUCCUGCUGGAUACUUUCGGAUUGGCCACACAACGACAGAGCACGGUCGAAGCCGCUCAGUCGCCGCCGCAUCUCGAGAACCCACCUUGCCGACGAACAGAAAGAAUCCGGAGGUCACCGAAAUCCCUCCAGGUCAAUCCUCGCCAGAAGCGGUACUCUUUCUCUUCAAAGGGAGGUGUUGCGGGCCCGUCAAAAAUCCCCGCAAAAAACGCGCCAGUAACUCCGGCAUAAUGGCUGUGGGAAACGGAGUCCAAUUUCUCCCCACAACGCAGCAGUGUUCAGCCACUCCGAGGCGCGUCCCAACUGCGAACCUUUUGACAAUGCUCAUUUGCAAUCUACCACCUCUGCGUGGGGACUGUUUUUCCUAACUUAAUAACCCAUAGCACUGACUGGGAUCGCCCUUUGUUGGUCGUAAAAGAGCCUACAGAGGACCACUUGUCUUUUCUUUCUCUUCGCCUCAGUUGGG